AUGCUGGCCCUGUGGUCCCUUCUGAUCUACGCACCUUUGUGCCACUGGGUUUGGGGACCUGGCGGCUGGAUUGGCCAGCUGGGAGCUCUCGACUUUGCAGGUGGAACCGUGGUCCACAUCAGCUCAGGUGUGUCCGGCCUCGUUGCCGGUGCAAUCCUUGGCCCACGCAAGCACGUUGAGAAGGACCUGGGCCCAGCCAACGCCCCCUUCGUGAUCUUGGGUGGCUGCCUCCUUUGGUUUGGCUGGUUGGGAUUCAACGGUGGCUCUGCAUUGUCCACCACAGAUGGAGUGGCAGCUCGUGCAGUGGCCACCACUUUCGUGGCUGCGGCUUCCUCCAUGCUGACCUGGCUGACGCUUGAGCGUGUCCUGAAGGGCAAGUCAACCAGCGUGGGUGCAUCUGUCGGUGCCGUUGCAGGUCUGGUGGUCAUCACACCCGCUGCUGGCUUUGUGACGCCUGGCUGGAGCAUUGCCAUUGGCGCCUUGGGCGCUCCUUGGUGUUACGCCACUGUUGAGAUUGUGAACAGGAUCAACUUGGUGGAUGACACUCUUGACGCCUUCGGCUUGCACGGCUCUGGUGGCUUUGCCGGUGCCAUCUUGACGGGCAUCUUUGCAGUUGAGGAAGGCCUCAUCUACGGUGGUAGCUUCGUGCUGUUGGGCAAGCAGAUUGCUGGCGCGCUGGCUGGUGUGGCUUUCUCCGCUGUGGGCACUGCCAUCAUCAUGGGAGUCAUGAAGCUGCUGUUCAAGCUUCGAAUUCCAGAAGACCAAGAGCUUGGCGGUGUUGAUGAGCACACUCACGGUGAGACUUACCACAGCCACAGCGCCAUUAAGAAGUAUGCCGCAGGUGGCCGCAUGACUGAGUCGUCGGAAUCAGAGUCCGACGCUGUCUGCUGA